UUGACGGGUCGACGUUGUAAUGGCGGCCUCCACGAGCGACGUGAAUGCGGACCUCUUGUAAAUAGUGGACGAAAUUGCCGAAUGACAGCGGCAAGAUGAAUCAAGAGAACUGUGCCGUUGUUCUAGAGACACUUCGCAAAGCGGCCAGUCAGAACGCAGAACAGCUAAAGCCUGCCGAGCAGCAGCUCAAGUGUUGGGAAACCGAAAAGUGGUUUUACUCGGCUUUGUUGUCCAUAUUUUCAGACCACAGUGUAGAAGUUAAUGUACGGUGGUUGGCAGUCCUGUACAUAAAGAAUGGGAUUGAACGAUACUGGAGGAAAACGGCUACUAAUGCAAUAUCAGAAGAUGAGAAAAAAGUCCUGAGGCAGAAGAUGAUAUCAAAUUUUCAUGAGCCAGUCAACCAGCUUGCCUUACAACUUGCCGUGUUGGUUUCCAAAGUCGCUCGUUUUGACUGCCCAUCUGAGUGGCCCGAGCUUGUGCCAACUUUGCUACAAGUUGUCCGAAAUCCGGAUGACCUUCCACAGCAGAGGAGCUUGCUCGUGCUUCAUCAUGUCACGAAAUCUCUGGCAUCAAAACGCCUCGCUGGAGAUCGAAGGGUGUUCCAAGAGCUUGCCAGCAAUAUUUUUGGAUUUAUAUUGCAACUGUGGACAAACCAAACAGAAGCCUUUCUUAACCAAAUGGCCAACAACCAGAACAACGUGGGCAUUACGCUUGAGAAGUCAUAUCUCUGCCUCAAAGUACUUCGGAAGUUGGUGGUGCAUGGUUUUAAAGAGCCAAUGCGUGUUCCUGAGGCAACAAUGUUCCUCACGCUUGUGUUCCAAUGGAUGAAGCCUAUGCUUGAAUGCCGUAAGACUUUGAAAUGUAUCAACCCAAAUCUUCGGAUGAUUUGCGAGAAGUAUGUAGUACUCUUCACGAAAGUGCUGCACGACGUUUUGGAACUGCACCCGUUCUCGUAUAUUUCUUUCAUCAAGCCGUCUUUGGAGACUGCAGUUUCCCUUUGCUUCACGGAAGCUGGAGAAGGUCUUCUUUUCGAAAGGUUUAUUGUCCAGUCCCUGAACUUGAUCAAGGCCAUUGUUUCAUGUGCAGAGUACUCUCCUUCGAAGAUCCCUGACGAUGUACAAGAUCCUGCCACCAUGGAAGCUGCUCAGAUAAAAAUGACCUUCUUCACUUACGCUACGGUGACAGAAAUGUGCCGGCGGCUAGUGCUGCACUAUUUUUUGCUCACUGAGGAGGAAUUGGCUACAUGGGAUAAUGACCCUGAGGGAUUUGCAUCAGAUGGAGGGGGAGAAGCAUGGAAGUUUUGCUUAAGGCAAUGCAGUGAAGUCCUUUUCCUGACGAUCUUUCAUGAAUUUCGGGAGACAUUGGCCCCACUACUGCUUGAGAUGAUUCAGGGGAUCCAGCCAGCAGAGGGCUCCAUCAGCUUUCAGGCUAUGCUCAACAGAGACGCAGUGUACACAGCUGUCGGACUCGCCGCCUUUGAUUUACAUGAUGAAUUGGACUUCGACAAUUGGUUUCUUCAUGUGCUCAUUCCUGAAUUGAAAGUUUCUGAGCCAAGGUACCGCAUUGUGCGUCGUCGUGUAGCCUGGCUAAUUGGCCAGUGGGUUGGUGUAAAAAUGUCGCCCGAGCUGAGGCCCGUCCUGUAUAAGACUCUGAUUGACUCCCUCAGUCCCUCUGAAGAUCUCGUUGUUCGUCUCACUGCAGCCGGAGCUGUCAAAGCUGCUGUUGAUGAUUUUGAGUUCAACACCGAACAAUUUCUUCCUUACUUAGAAUCCUAUGUGUCACUUCUGUACAAGUUGUUGCAGCAAGUAACGGAGUGUGAUACAAAGAUCAGUAUCCUGCAUGUGACGUCGUUCAUCAUUGAGCGAGUGGGAAGCCAGAUAAUGCCAUUUGCAGGCGACCUGGUUCAGUACCUGCCCCUUCUUUGGGAAACUUGCGGUGAACAUCACAUGCUACGCUGUGCCAUCGUCACCACACUCGUGCAGGUGGUAAAUGGCCUCGGCGCACAGUCUGAGCGACUGCAUCCAUUCCUGGUGCCAGUGGUGGCGUUUGGGGUGGAUGUGCACCAGUCUCCUCACGUCUACUUGCUCGAGGAUUGUCUCGACUUGUGGUGGGCGCUGCUGGCAAACACACGCUCCACCUCAAUUGAGCUGCUGCAGCUGGCACAGUAUCUCUUUCCUCUUUUUGAGCUUGGCACAGAAAACAUGAAGAUGUGCCUGCAGGUGGUACAAGCCUACAUCCUUCUCUUUCCAAAAGAGUUCCUACAGACUUACGGCGACCGACUGCUGAAGGCAACCACAGACCUCGUAUGUGAUCUGAACCGUGAAGGCAUGUUGUUUAUCAUGAGGAUGGUCGAGCUCGUAAUCCGGGUCUUCCCAGAACAGGGCCCACAGCUUUUCUACCCUCUUCUGGUUCAUGCAUUGGAGGAGUGUCUGGAAGGGGAGAAGGCUUCCAUGCUGACGUCAGUCUGCCUGUCCAUCAUUUCUCGUGUCAUCUUACAUUGCAAGUCCUGCUUUACCAAGCUUCUUCAAGAAGAGGCACAGGGCAAGGGUUGUGAUGUACCGCGGAAGGAAGUCUUUGGGAACCUGCUGGACAAGUGGAUCGAAAAGAUGCCUCUUGUUAACCCAGUUGAGAGGGAGAAGCUUCUGGCCCUUACGCUCACUUCCAUACUCACAUCUAAUUCUAAUGCCGUGUACGAACGGAUAUGUGGAAUUCUUCUGGCCAUUGUGGAAGUGUUGAAUGAUGUCACGAAAUCCGACAAUUUGGGAGCACAAGUGGAUUCUCUAGUUAUCGUGGACAGUGAACCCAUUCCACCAAAUGAAGAAGAAAGUGAGCACGACCGCCGAAAAAUAGAGCUGUCCAGGCAGGACCCAGUACACACAGUGGCCCUUCGGGACUACCUGUGCUCUCAGAUGCGCAGCUUGCGUGAGUCGCUCGGCGAGCACAACUUUGAGGAGCUCAUGGGCCAAGUAGAUGUGGAGACGAUGCAGCAGCUGAAGACUUACUUGGAAGGAGGCAACCAGUCCAUUGGUGGUGGUACAGUGCAGACUGCUCUCUUUGCCUCACCUAACCUGAACAGUACGAGCACCCACAAUGCCCCAAACACUCACCAGGCCUGAUAAACUGCCAUCAUUCUGCUGCCCUCACUUCCACUCUCGCUCUUCAACCUAUUUUUCUCCCCCCAAAAUUAUGAACGAAAAACAACAACAAAACAAAUGAGAGUGGUCUGUGUGUAAAAAAAAAAUGCAAAGAGUAACAAAUUCUGCCAGCUUUGGCAUUAUGUACACUGUUUGAUACAGUUUUGUGCAAAAAAAUGUCGCAGCAUUUUUCUUGUCCUUUUUUUCUACAGCUCAGGAAGAAUGGGUAUAAAGAUGUUCCUGCUGUAGUUGAUGUGGGCAAAACGUUUAACAAGUUUACUGACACUGGUUGCUUGUCUGUUUAGGCUAUGUUCAUCUCAUUUUUAUCAAUUUAUAUUUUGGUGCAUGACUAACAGAACGUAUUUCUGAGCUUUAGGGUUAGUGGUUGAGUGGCAUGCUUUGUAUUUACAGUGAACUUGCUAAUGUUUGAGGCUACGGCUCUAGGAAUGACCUGAAUGAUAAUGUGUAAUUGAUUGGAAGUGUGCAAAGGGACAAGGGUGCUUUUUUUUCAUAAUGAAAUAUUUUCAAUUGGUGUUAAUUUCGAACCAUGCUAAAGCAGCCUGCUAGCUUUUUAGUCUCUUCUUUCAGUAUAAGCUAAAUUGAAUAAGAGAAAUCAUUUUCGUUUUUUAUUUUGUACUGGUAAUGAAGUGAAAGUAGCUAUUGCAUCUGAAUGUUUAUUGCGGCCUGUGCUGAUUUUUUAUCGGGGAACAAAAGAAAAAGCGCACAAAUUCAUUGCUGUUCAAAAUAUCUUUUAAUUUAUGUGCUUGUCCAGUUAGUUUUGUUUUAGCUGUAAUACUGUAAACAGUAGUGAGUGCGCACUUUAUUUCCAUACUCGAUUCAAACUCUGUAAUGACAAAUUGCUUGUUCAAGCAAUUUUUUUCAUUUUUGCAAAGUUCCUUCUUUUCUCCCCGUGGAUGUGUAAAAAGUCCAGAUUGCCUGGCUGAGAUAUUCAUGAACAUUCAACAUUUUUUAGCGGUCGAAGAGCAUAUGGCUUAACACCAGAUACAAAUGUGCGCGUGUUUAAUAUUGCUCUGCUUUUCGAGGUAUUGACGUUUCUUUUAUUUAUCAUCUUCAGUUUGACAUGAUUUCAGUUUGGCAUGAUAAAUUCUCCUAGCACUUCAGGCAUGAAUUUAGGCUCAUUGCUUUAAAGAGCCCCUAAACCACCAAUAGAAGCUUGGCGUGCUGCUCUUCAUGUCUUCUUUUAUCAACAACAGUCAUAACAUCACCUGUACCAUUAUAGGUGACAUCGCGAGCAAUGCACGCUGUUUCUAGCUGAACGAAAACCUGUUUUUUGGUAGCAUAUCUGCGUGCUCCUUUCAUGUCCUCCUCAGAUUCUGAUGAAAGGUGCUCGGAGAGCUGGAUAGACGAGUCAACGAACGCAGUCUAGCGAAAGAAGAGAGCCAGGCGAGAAAACGCACGUAGCUCCGCCAGCAUUUGCAGUAGACUCCUGCAAAACUGCAACACCACAAGCAAAUUUCUACCUCUAGGUGGUUUAUGGGCUCUUUAAGCACAACAGAAUUUUGCAUGAGGGUUCACGUAUUGGUGAAGCAUGAAAAGCAUGAUGUUCCUUUAUCACAAAACUAGAAUAAAACAACACUGGCGCCGUACCAUGCAGUGUGAGAUGCUGUAUGCUUAGAAUUCUUUCACUUGUGUCAUGUAGCAACACUGUGCUGGCAUAUGAUCCCUGAUGCUUAAUUCGGCUUUUGUAUUACAUUUUAUGCAAAGGUUAUUUGUUUUUUACAGUGAAUAAUGAAAUUGCUCAUUUGAAGAAGAACCUGUACUAGCGUGCAACUGAGUGGAAGUGAAAGCUGCGCCAUUUUUUAUUUGCACUCUUGUUUAUAUUGCCGAUGACAGAGUUGCUUGUUUUUUGUUACAUAAAAGCAGAGAUUGUUAAUAAAUGUUUCCCAUGCCAACACUCUU